ACUAUUUUCAUUUGUGUCGUUUAGUUUUGUCUGAAUAGGAAUAACGAUGCAUGGAAUAUUUCUGUUUCUGCUUUUUAAUUUUGGAGCAUUAUGUAGUUGCAUAGAGGUAGCUGAAGAGAAUGUAUUUGAUAUACCUUACCUCGCAAGUAUGAUAACUGACGAUAAAAAGACUAUUGAACUGUUGGCUGGAAAAAUUGAUCAACUUGAAGAGAAGACAAAACUUCAAACUAACGAGAUCGUAUCUCUUAAACAAACGAUUGAAGACCAGGGUAGAAUGAUAAGUAUUCUACAAAGGCAUUGCCAGUUUGAUGAUGAUGGUGAUAAAAGCAAACAUCAAUCCAGACGCGAAGAUUCCAGUACAAGAAUAGAUUCUGAAAGCCCAAAUGUACUAAGUAAGAUAACACAAUAUAGAAAUGUCGGCCGCCCGUCAGUCAUAAAGGAGAACAUGGAAGAAGAAAGGGUUUUAGAAAAAGAUAGAGGAAGAAUAAGGAGACCAACAGGAUCGAUAGCAUUUUCUGCAUAUCUAAGUCACAAUAUCGAUCAUCUAUCUCCUGGACAUACCAUUAAAUUAGACAAAGUGUUGUUAAACGAUGGUAAUGCAUACAACCCAUACACAGGCACUUUCACCGUUCCGGUAAGCGGCGUGUAUAUGUUUAGUUUCCAUAUAGAUGCAUUUCGUCCUGUUCAUGUGCGCAUGUUGAUAGAUGGAAGAAAUACAAUAGAUGGCGUUUCAUCUCCAGGACAGGUUCAUGAAAUGAUGGGUGGAAACAUUGUAAUUGUAAGAGUGAGACAUGGUCAAGUUAUUGCUUUGGAAGAAUAUUACGAUUCUGAUGGUCUGCUGGCUUCUGCAGACGAUUUCCGUUUUGUUACACUAUCAGGAAUAUUGCUGUAUGAGUGAACUGAACGAAUGUUCAAAACAUUGAUCACCAUUUUACAUUCUUAUUACCUAAAAUAUUUGCAAGAAGUAUUAUUACCCUGAACAUUCAAAUGUCAAUUAAAAUAUUCAAAGCAAACCACACAAGUUAUACAUGUAUAUAAUACCAAUAGAAGUACUUCAGUUAAUAAAAAGCGAUUGAUUUUAGAUUUAUAUAUUUUUCAUACGUCAUGUUGUUCUAAUAAUAUUAAAUAUUCACUGAAAUAAAUAGAAAUACACUUUUAAAUGAUUUUGUAUUAU